AGCGAAGGGGACAAGCGCAAGCACCCUCACAGCUCCACAAGCGCACUGCCAGAUAUCAGAUCAGAGCGCGCGCUCUUGAGGAGAAACAGGAGUAGGAGGAGGAGGAAGAUGAUGAGGAGCAUGAGGAGGAGGAGAGGGACAAAAAUGUGACAGUAGUACCAGUAGUCAUCCCUGAACACAUGGUGCCACUGCUUUGGGAGGAGAUCUAGAAGCGCGCGCUGCCUAAUGGGCAUUAAUCUGCCUCCCCUGGACGCCUUUUGGAUGCAAAUGGGAGAAGGCUGCGGCUGAUGGGACAGUAGGACAGCACAAGGCGCGCGUAUUAAGCUGAUGCGCGUCCCGGGACACUCGGCCACGGAGAGUAGCGAUAGCGAGAACAGCAGCAGCAGCAGCAGCAGGAGCAGCAACAGCUGGAGGAGCGCGAGGAGCACCAGCAACGCGAGGAGAAGGGAGGAGAAGAGGAGAAGGAGGAGGAGGUGGUGGAGGAAAGAGGGUCCCGACUGGAGACCGGUGGGCAUGGCGAGCUCUUUGCCCAUGGAGACGGCCACGUCCUGCGCGCGCCUGGAAGGCGGUAGCGGCAGCAGCGGGGUUGGCGUUGGUGGCGCGACUGCCAAACCGCUGGCCUUCUCUAUCGACCGCAUCAUGUCAAUCAAACCGCCUGGGACUAGAGCAAGCGAAGGCGCAGCAAGCGGGGGCGCGCUCGGCCCGCGCGCGCUCCCAGCGCAGCCUCCGUUCACCUACGACCUUCAGCAGGCCGCCGCGCUCAUGAACUAUGCCGAGCUGUGGAGGGCCGGCUUCCGUGGGGCGGCUCUGUGUGCUUCGGCGGCCGCCUGUCGAGCCGCUUUCUGCGGCGUUUGCGGAGGUGGCAACACCACAGACUCGGCGCCGCGGAGCCGCGUGAUCAAACCGCAGGUGAUCCACCGGGCGGUGGCCGCUGCAGCCGCCGCACCGCUCUACUAUUUCGGCUGUUUUGACUCCGCGUGCCACCCGGGUGAGCUGCUAAAUGGACGCUUAUUUUCCUCAUCCGCGGCGGCAGCAGCAGCAGCGGCGGCGGCGGCAGCGGCAGGGCCGCAUGCGCGCGGGCACUCUCACGCAGCUCUGCUGCUCGAGGGCGCAAAGCUGGACAGGUUGCCUACCCCGCAGCACCCGCACAAGGAGAGGCUGCCAGGGCAGCUCGACCACGUGGUGAAGGAGAACCACAGCGCAGGAGCGGCGGUAACGGCAGGGGACCGGAGCGGCGCAGGGAAAGCACACGUCAACGGGAAAGCCAACGGCUGCGCGUCAGACGGAAAGCCCAAGAGCUUCACGUGCGAAGUCUGCGGAAAGGUGUUCAACGCGCACUAUAACCUGACCCGCCACAUGCCGGUGCAUACAGGCGCCAGACCGUUCGUGUGUAAAGUUUGUGGGAAAGGAUUCCGGCAGGCCAGCACACUGUGCAGACACAAAAUCAUCCACACACAAGAAAAGCCUCAUAAAUGUAACCAGUGUGGAAAAGCUUUCAACAGGAGUUCCACGUUAAAUACACACGUCCGCAUCCAUGCAGGAUACAAACCGUUCGUCUGUGAAUUCUGUGGGAAAGGCUUUCACCAAAAAGGGAAUUACAAAAACCACAAGUUGACGCACAGCGGAGAGAAGCAGUUUAAAUGCUCGAUCUGCAGCAAAGCCUUCCACCAGGUUUACAACCUCACCUUCCACAUGCACACGCACAACGACAAGAAGCCCUUCACCUGCGCCACCUGCGGCAAAGGCUUCUGCCGCAACUUCGACCUCAAGAAGCACGUGCGCAAGCUGCAUGACAGCGGCGCCUGCACGACCCCUGCAGUCCACGAACCUUCUGUAGCAGCCCGGACCUGAGCUUAGCACGCGGGACGUUUUGCCGUAAAGGACAAAAACAAAAAAAAUCUAUCUAAUCAAAACGAGCGGAGCUAAUGGACUGAAUGAAUCACUGCACAGUGAAAUUGUACAUAAAUCCGAAUAAAAUAUUAUUUAAAAAUGUUUUACCUGGAAAUAAUCUUUUGUGUUAUUUCAACUUGUUGCAGCUUUUUUCAUUUAAUGAAACAUUUUGCUGAAAUUUGCAGAUUUAUUUAUUGAAUUAAAAGACCAAUGAAAUGA